ACUGCGUGCGGGUACCCGGUGUACGUGUGUGUGUGUGUUUGUGCGAGUGUGCACAUGGUACUCGAAGGGGUGGUCAUUGAUUGACGCACGAAAAACGAUGUCGGCGACAACCAGCAUGUGAAUAGUGCGGUCAAUUUUGAAGAUUUUUUUUAUUUAUGUAUAUAUAAGUAAUUAUUUAGUGAAGUGCGAGUGAUUGUGGGAAAUUCUGCAGCAGAUUUUGGAAUUUCAUAGUUUAGGUCGAAAAGAAUAAACAAAUAAAUAUGUAUAGCAAACAACUUUUCUAUUUACUAGCUCUCACAGUCAUGAGCUUGGCUGUGGAGGAGCGGAAAGUCCAUAGAUUAGUAGGAGGUCACCUCAGAAUAAUUAACCCAGACUCGGAUGAUUCGGAGUUAAUGACCGCAAGUGCAAGUGGUUCUAAGGAAGACAAAAAGAAAAAACCGGAAGACGAAGAACGGAAGACGUUGUCUCAACAAGUCGCCGACGGCAAGUACGGUUUAAUACAAAAGGAACUGUUCAAGAAACCACCCAAAAGGCCGGGCGUGUUAAGCUACGCGGAUAAUCCGGAGGUUCCGAACGACAACAUCAGUAACUUGGGCGGCCUCACCAAAAACGACAUUUGGCUGGCGGAGAAUCAUUUGCUGGUGCUUAGAGGCGGCACCUACCCGCCCCACGACGAUAAAAAUGACUACAGUUCGGCACAGUUGUGGCCAGCGAUUGAUGACUACAAGGCACCCAACCGACAGGUGAAGUUACCUGCACAUCCGAAGGUGCCGCCGCCCUUUCCCGUCCAGCUCGUUGAAGGGGGGCCCCUACAAAUCUUGGGCACAAACUCUACGCGAACGCUUAAUGGAACGGAGGCGGCCCUUGCGCUCCCACCUCCCGGCGGCUACGAGCCCGGCGAAGGUCCCUACUUCGCGCCACCGCCGCCUCUUGUCUAUACCAAUCAGGCCAACGCUACUGCCGGGCAAGCUCCGUUCCCAAUACCUGCGUUCCCUCCGGGGGAGUACCCGGUGGGGUCGCCGUUCCCCCCUUUCCCAUCAUUGAACGGCACGUUGCCUCCUUUCUUCGCAUCUUUACCACCUGGGGCCGCGAUCCUGCCACCGCCCGGCAACAGCACGGACUACGACGAAGACGACCCUUCGAUCUACUAUCCGCCACCCUACAGUUUUUACUACCCAAAGGAUAAUACUUCGCUGGUACAACCAGGUCCCCUGGUACCAGGAAUUAUUCUUCCUCCUCCGCCUGACUUCUUUGCUCCUUUGGAUAACGAAACCACAGUGGCACCAACAACGACUCGGAAACCAGCCAGAACCAGGAAGCCCACCACCACAAGACCUCCUACUCAGAUAUACGCCACAACAACUCCAAAUCCACCAACAUCCGUUACGCGGAAGAAAACAACAAAGAAACCAACAAAAGUGCAUCCUGUUUACGUCACCGAAAUAAACAACGAACUGAAACCUAUUAUAACAACAAAACCACCGAGAGUCGUUACUAUUUUGCCCGUCAGACAAAGCAACAGAACAUAUAUAUCAAGGACACAGAAACCUACAAAGAAAUCGAAGGUUACUAUUUUACGUCCAGUCCAUACUCCUUCAACACCAGACAAAGGAUUUGUAUAUAAUAACGAAAUUCCAAGGAAACCAUUUGCACAGUACGGUCCUCCUCCUACUCCACCGCCAAACACAGUGGUCAGCACAACACAAGUACCGCUUACGUUGUAUUACAGCACAGCGAACGUGGUAGAAAGCAAUUCAGUGACACAAGUUCCAGAAAAGUUCUCCAUAAGAUUAGAAAAGGUUACAACAAAACCGACAACAAAGAGGCCUUCUCAGCAGUACUACUUUUACGAAGAACCACAUUCAAACAGUGUGACAACCCAAAGACCAUACUUCAAUAUACCAAAAGAAUAUUAUGUGCCAGCAAAACCUUCAACGCCCCAACAACCAAAACAACCACCACAAUAUAUCUAUGUUACUGGCAGACCCUACAAUACCCAAAAACCCAAAUUUAGGUUGGUUCAACAACCUCACAGAGAUUCAUUCAGUGUACACAUUGCCAGGCUUCAAAAACAAAUACAUCAAUACUACACAACGCCUAAACCAAAUUACAGACAAAACGGUCAUCAAGCUAAGCCUGUUUAUCAGUACAGUUUUGAAGCCGCAAACUACCAACAACCAGAUGUGUAUAACAGCCAAGAGGAAGAGAAGUUUAGGCCGCUUCCUAAAUAUAGUGUACAAAUUCAACAAGCUAUUGAAGUUAUACCGUCGGAAGAGCCCAUUUACCAAAACACUCCAGCUCCAGUUUACUACCCACAAAAUUAUCAAGCAACGACUGAAAAAUCCGUUUCAUAUUCAAGGCCAAAUUACGAUUACGAUGGUGCGGUUCCGCAUAAACAAUACAUACAACAAGUAUCAACACCUCGACCAAUCGAUCAACAGUAUCACGUUGAAGUGACACCCAAUCCCGUUUACGAAGGGUACUACACCAAACCGGACGAAGGAUACUUCGACGAUAUAACCAAAAAAUACUUCACGAUGUUUGGCAAGAAAAUACCUGGAGGUACGACGCCUCUACCGAAUAUCCCACCGAUAAACCCAACAACACCCACAAGCAUAUACAGACCGAGGCAGCAACAAUACAGGCAGCAGAAGCCCAUUUCACUAGAAGGGGACACCAUAGUGAAUUACGUAAACCCAAGACCAACUCCAAACCCCGACGCGGAGCUCGUCAACAUAAACCAGCACAACCAAAACUAUCCGCAGGUGACCAAAUACAUUCCACGGCCCGUGGACUACAUUCAACAACAACCGAAACCGCCGGCCCGCCAGGAACCCGAAAUAAUCAAGGCCAUUCCAGUAGAAGUGCCGACAGAAGAAGACCAAGGUGGCUCCUUCAUUUCGUACCAGUUACCCGGCGACGACGGGGCGCACUUCUAUUUCCUGACGCCGCAGCUGGCGCAGCGCAGGGAUCAGGGCGCCGGAUAUUUUUACAACACGCAACCGGAGAAUCCCAGGAUACGGAGGAACGGAAACAAAAACGCGGUGGAAAGGUAAAAAUUCCACAUCAAUGUGAUAAUAUAAAUUGACGAUUAAGUUAAAAGUUUUAUUUAUGUUGGCCUCUGUGAACAUUUUAGUGCCUAAAGUGAAAAUCGGACUGUGAUUGUGAAUAACUAAUUGUAGAUCUAAGUCGUAAAUAAAUGAAAUAAAAUAAUUAAGAGACGAUUACCUUGCAGCGCCAAUAAAAUAAAUUUUUAGAUACGCACGUAUUGUGAAUUGUUUUAAUCAAAUGCAAAUUAUCCUGAUCCAGAAUUAUUAAUUAAGGUUAAGAAUUAUAAAAUGUUACAUGUAUAAAUUUGAAAAAAUAAAGUCAUUGUAUAAUGUAACACAUUCAAAGUGUCAUAAAAAUAUACAUUUUUCUG